GGCCGCCCGCGGGGGAGGCCGCGGCGCGAACAUGGCGGCCGAGAUCCACUCCAGGCCGCAGAGCAGCCGCCCGGUGCUGCUGAGCAAGAUCGAGGGCCACCAGGACGCCGUCACGGCCGCGCUGCUCAUCCCCAAGGAGGACGGCGUGAUCACCGCUAGCGAGGACAGAACCAUCCGAGUGUGGCUGAAAAGAGCCAGUGGCCAGUACUGGCCCAGCAUCUACCACACGAUGGCCUCUCCCUGCUCUACUAUGGCUUAUCACCACGACAGCAGACGGAUAUUUGUGGGCCAGGAUAAUGGGGCUAUAAUGGAAUUUCACGUUUCUGAAGAUUUUAAUAAAAUGAAUUUUAUCAAGACCUAUCCAGCCCACCAGAACCGAGUGUCCGCCAUCAUCUUCAGCUUGGCCGCUGAGUGGGUGAUCAGCACAGGCCAUGACAAGUGUGUGAGCUGGAUGUGCACGCGCAGUGGGAACAUGCUCGGCCGUCACUUCUUCGCAUCCUGGGCUUCCUGCUUGCAGUAUGAUCUGGAUACCCAACAUGCCUUCGUUGGCGAUUACUCGGGACAGAUUACCCUGCUGAAGCUGGAGCAGAAUGCCUGUUCGGUGAUCACAACCCUCAAGGGACAUGAAGGUAGUAUUGCCUGCCUUUGGUGGGACCCCAUUCAGCGGUUACUCUUCUCAGGAGCAUCUGACAACAGCAUCAUCAUGUGGGACAUCGGGGGACGGAAAGGCCGAACACUUCUCCUUCAGGGCCACCACGACAGGGUGCAGUCGCUGUGCUACCUGCAGCUCACAAGGCAGCUUGUCUCCUGCUCCUCGGAUGGCGGGAUUGCAGUGUGGAACAUGGACGUUAGCAGAGAAGAGGCUCCCCAGUGGUUGGAAAGUGACUCCUGUCAGAAGUGUGAGCAGCCCUUCUUCUGGAAUAUAAAGCAGAUGUGGGACACGAAGACACUGGGGUUGAGACAGCAUCACUGCAGGAAGUGCGGGAAGGCCGUAUGCGGAAAGUGCAGCAGCAAGCGCUCCAGCUACCCAGUCAUGGGCUUCGAGUUCCAGGUCCGGGUCUGUGAUUCCUGUUACGACUCCAUCAAAGAUGAAGAUCGGACUUCUCUAGCAACGUUUCAUGAAGGAAAACACAACAUUUCCCAUAUGUCCAUGGACAUUGCAAGGGGACUAAUGGUGACCUGUGGGACAGAUCGUGUGGUAAAGAUAUGGGAUAUGACUCCUGUGGUUGGCUGCAGCCUGGCAACUGGAUUCUCUCCACACUGAUGCUGAAGCUGAGUGAUGUCUGCUCCACCUUGCACACGCACAGUGACCUUCACGAAACAAAACCCUUCAUGUAGCUCUACAGCCACUGUCAUGUAAAUGGACAGUAACCACCUAAAAAAAAACAAAUCAAUAUUUUUAAAAAGAAAAAAAUAUAUAUUUAAGUGUGUUUUGGGGUAUUUGUGGAAAUUAUCUGUGGGGAAUAACACCUGAAGGGUCUGUCCUUAGUGGUCCCCUAAGGAAUAGAAUUUCCUCAGCACAACUGCCUCAUGAACAUCGCACCAGUGGGUGGGGAAGUAAUCCAGCAAAUGAAGGUUUUAGGGAGAAAAAUUUUAACAAAAAGAUUAAUGCUUACUUAAAUGUAAACCUGUGAGCACACAUGGAGUCUCCUGUGAGGGUCCUUGGAAGCCCCUGAGGGCAGUCUGCUGUCCAAGCAGAAGUUGGAGGAAGGGCUUUCUGUCUUUCUCCAGGGGAGCUGGUAGGAUGUAAGAGACUCCAGCCUCCUCCCUCCAGGCUGGCCGUAUGUGAGUGAGUGUUCUCCACAGUGAGUUGCUGAAGAACCUCUUGAAGGUCCCUGUCCCGUCAGGUCGAGCCAUGAUCUGCGCUUGGCUUUGACUCGCUGCAGUUGUCUCUCGUGUGUGUGUCUUUACAGUUGACACACAAGACAGCCCACAUUGUCCCUCUCUCCCACACCUGCUCUGUGGACAAAGCUUUUUGAUGGUGCUGUUGUACAAGCCUCCUGACAUUUUUUUUCUUUUCUUUAAAGCUAGUCAUGACCUAUGGCAAACCCAGGUCCCCCAGCAUGGUGGUGAUGGAUGCCAUCAGCCUGGUCCAUGGAAAAACCCAAUCCUACUAACAUACAUUUGUGGUCCCAAGAUGAGCCCCGUGAUACGGUAGCAACUUAUGCCCCUCAGAAAAAGUACUCUGAAGCUUUUAUAGUAUGAUGUACUUGUGAGUAGUAGUUGUUCAUGUUUCAUAGGAAGAAGUUGGUGGCCCAUUGCCAGAAUUAUCAGUUGGGUCUUGUACAGUAAUCCCUAACUGGUAAACCACUUUUCAUGUUUGGAAAAGCUGUUGUAUGAAACGCAUAUUCAAGGUUUUUGACCAGAUAACCGGGAUGAGGAGCAUAAGUGGGAUGGAAGCCUGCAGUGAGUGUUCAGAUGUUUAUGUAUGUUGUGUUAAUGGUGGCACAUGAACUAUUCCAGUAGAACUGCGGGAGACAGCGGAAAAGGGCUUACUGCUUUAAAGGCCAAAUAGUGAAUGGCCACAGUACCUACGUGACUCUCGCUACUGUCACUGCUGCUUGUGUUGGGUUACAUCAAGAUCAGGGCCAUUUGGCCAGGUAGGGCUAAGGGACUAAGUAUGCUUUAUUAACGUGGCUUACAGGAAGGGAAUAGUUUCUGAGAGGCAAUAAAGCUAUGAUAUCCCAAUGGUUGUGACAGAAAUAAUGAGGGAAGGAAAGGCAGCCAGGCAUACUGGGUUCUAGCUUUGCUCUGAUGGCUCUUGUCUUCAGAAGGAGGACCAAAGGGUUUGUGUUGCCCCUUUUAGCUUUUAUGUUUUGUCACCUUAACUGGUGAUCCUUCACCAGAUUCUGCUUACACUCCGGAAGAUGUGUAUUGCCAGUGUGCUUUGCACAGAAGACUGAGCGAUGCUCUGGAACCGCCGUGUCGAAUGUUCUCCUCGGGCUGUCCAGUCCGUGGUUCUGCCCUUGCAAAGGGAUACAGGCCUGAUGGAGUCCUGCCCUGUGGAAUAGUGCUGAGCCCUGUGUGUUUUUGUUCUAAAGACGUCUGUAAAAUGUGAUUUUUGGACAUCUGUGGUAGAUUAAACUGAAUACUCUAUUUUUCAAGCUUUUUUUAAAUUUUUUUUAUUUUGAAAGCCUCUUGUUAUAAAACCCCAUGUGGCAUAGAGAGCAUGAGGUUGGUUUGAGCUUUCUAAGGGGCUAAUAGAAGUUAAGGAAGAAAUUUGUAUUUAAGGACGAAUUAGGGCAAGGGACCUUAGGAAGGAGUGCAGACUAUUUGACAGUACAAUUCGCUCCGCAGUUGGGCCUGUGAUCACGUCUUUCAAAAACAGUCAUGCCAGUCUCUUCCUGUGUGUUACAUGUCAGGUAGCAAAUGGGGUCAUUUUUUUUUUAUAGAGGGUGAAAAUUAUAUUCUCAAGUUUACUGACUGGGCACAUGAGGAAGGGUCAGUAAGGCUCACGCUUUUUGUCUUAUUUGGACUUUGUUACAAAAUGAGUCACUUAAUAUAGUUCCUCAAGGAACGGCUACCAUCUUUCCCAUCCCAGAAUUCUCAAGCUAAUGUGUACAGACAAGGAUCAAGAAGUGCGGGAAGUUAGAGGAGAGUCUUGUACUUAGAUCUAGUAUGUAACGAAGUGAUGCCAAGUCUUUAUUCUCAUCGCGGUCUUCCGUGGUCCUGUAUUAGCUGGCCCCAGUGAUAGCAGUAGGCCUGUACAUGGUAGAGUCCACUUAGUAGUCAGUAGGUCGUAACAGUUUACUCUUAACGUGCUGCCUAGAAGACGUCACAAGCACUAGCUCUAGAGCCCCUCACUUCGUUCUCCCUCACCGUGAUUCAGUUUGUUAGCAUCUGUAUUUAUUCAACUGUCAGAACUGAUCCAGAUAUACAGUAAAUAGGAGAGCAGCUCAGACCUAAGAAGAUAUUUUUGAAAAUCAUUGUUUCAUUAAAGUACUAUUGAUAUCUCCUAGAUGAUAAGAAUCCAGUUACUAUUAAUGAAAACAAUCUGCUCAUUAUAAAUGGGAGGCUUAACAAAUACGUAAUACAUGCUAAUUUCUAAAAGUAGCUGAUGUUUAAUUGUUAAUUGUGAGCGGAUUAUUGAAUGUCUCGUCUAUUUUCUGCAGUUUACUAUACAAUAACUCUUUGAGUAAGCUAAACUUUAAUUGUGCAGCAAAUUUCUAUUGACGAACAAUUUGAAGUGUUUUAUUCUGUAGCCUUUUUUGACUUGGGAAGCAAAAGGUGACAUUAAGUAAUUCAACUUGUUCUUGUACAGCUGUGUUUCCAUAUAAUACUGUGCUCUGUGUAUCCCAGAAAGGCUGGAAAUUCUGUUCUUUUUAUUUGUGGGUUUGUUUUUGUGGGGCUUUUUUGUUAUUUUUUUUCUUUUUUUGGAGAAUAUGCAUAUAAUAAAAUCUCCCUUGCUUGUUA